GAGCGGCAGGUUUCGCCUGGACAACGCAGGCAAUGCUCGCCGCAGCAGGAGCAGCGGUGGGUGCCGCAACGGGAGGAAACGCUCGGGACCCUGAAGAAGACCCUAAAGAUGACCCUGAAGAUGACCCUGAAGAAGACCCUGAAGAUGAACCUGCGCAGACUAUUAUUUGUGGCUAGAGGGCGUCGCCCCUGCGCUGUGAAUGUAAGGACAAUCUAUUGCUGA